UUAUAUUUUUAUUUUAGGUCACAUAAACUGUUGCUAGAAGGGCUUGCCUAUUUAAGCACGAAUUUAUUUCGGUUGUAACUGAAGCUGUGUUCAUAUAUGUGGCCCUUAAGUUUAUCCGGCCACAUUUUAACAACAGAAACGGAAACAACUGAAAAAAAUGAGUGCAAAAAAAAAAUAAAUGGCAGAGUGCACUUGCACAAGCGUAAUGGUACUUCCUGAGUUGUAACAUUUAACACAAGAUCUCCUGCACACCAAGAGAAAUGAGAGAUCACCAUCUAAACUGUUCAGCACUGUUGCAAGAACUAGACUGACAUAACAGAUUUCCUUCACUCCCAAAUGAUUUACAGUACAGUUACCAUUCAAAAGAGGAACCAUGUCAUGUAACUUAACAUGUCAGGAGGCCAAUGCUGAGCGGUGUCAGUUUCAGACAAACCCUGUUUUUGUUGCAGUGUAUAGUGUGGUCUGUAUAACCGGGAUCACUCUCAACUUCAUGGCACUUACAGUUUUUUUUUGCUGCACCAAGUCACGCUCACACACCAUUGUAUACAUGACCAAUCUUGCUAUAGCAGAUCUCCUUCUGGUUUGUACUCUACCAUUACGAAUCCACUACCACUUGGGAUUUCAAGGCCUGUCACAAAAGGUCUGUGAAGUUGCUGGUGUUAUACUGUUGGCCAACAUGUAUGGAAGCAUCCUGCUCCUUACAUGUGUUAGCCUUGACCGCUGCAUGGCUGUCUGCUUUCCUAUGUCGUCUAGAGUGCGUGAAGGCCGCAAAAAGGCACCAGUAGUUUGUCUGGGGAUUUGGAUGCUAACAAUCGGAGCCAGUCUGCAGAGUUACCUAGCUAACACAAAUGCAAACACAAGAAAUCAAACAACAUGUUUUAAUAGUAUUCCAAAAUAUGCUUUCAAGCUUUCUACGUUAGCCUCCUCACUGACAAUAGGAUUUGGGAUACCACUGAUCAUCAUGGUUCUCUGUUCAUGUGGGUUAGUGCAUGCUGUCACCAAAAGCACUGCAGCCCAGAUGUCUGGCUUAAUUGACAACUGCAAGAUCCAGAGGAUGGUAAGCAUUAACCUGGCCAUAUUUUUGUGCUGCUUUCUGCCAUAUCAUGUCAUGCUGGUGGUGAUUUAUUCCUACAAUAACAAAAUUAUACCAUGCCCUGUGUUGUCUGCCUACUACUAUGCUUUGAUGGUAACAUGUCUGAAUGCCAUUCUGGACCCCUUGGCUUACUAUUUUACCACAGAGACUUUCCGCAAAAACGUUGAAAUAGAUACGGUUCGGAGAAUGUUGCCUAUGAAAAAUGUGAGUUCUGAUGGAAACACCCGCUCCAGAGCACCUGUCAGUACUUAAAGGCACAAAAAUGAAACAGUAUGGUGAGAUAUUUCAACAGGAUUUGAUUAACUGCACCACUUGGGAGAUCAUCUUAAAUGCUAGGACUCCAAAUCAGAGCUGAUAAUAUCAUAUGGGCCUGGACAUUUGCAAAGCUGUUACAGCUAAAUAAAGCUCAUAUUACAAAAGACAUAACGUUUUAGUCAAUUAAUAGAAUAAUAAACAUAUAUGUAAUUAUGCUUUGUUUUUUUUUGUGGCUUAGGUUCAAAUUAAAUAUUAAUAAUUAAAUAUUAAGAACCUUUUAAUAUAUAAUACAUAUAAUAAAUAAGGACAAAUAGCAACAGCAAACAAAGUAAUAGUAGAAAAUGUUUUCUUUUGUUGCACAUACCUAAUUUAUUUUAGAUUAGGUAUGAUUAGGUGCUAUGAUUACAAAAGGAAGCUAGAUUAUUUAUUUAGAAUUCUUAAGCAUUAUUGGAUUUUUUGUUUUUGAAAUAGAUG